GACGGUAUCGCAAACUGUUACGCUCGCGCUACUUAAUUACGAUACAAACAAAUACCUUACCAGUUACCUGCACCCGUAGCUGCAGAAGUGUGCAUCGGUGUGCUGUACGGUGGUGUGAGUGUGCGCAGCCCGCCGUGUGCUUGUGAUAGUGCGUUUUAAUAGCAUAUUUAUUUGUGCCUAUCACUGUGUGACAUUCUGCGUGUGGCUAUAUAAUAAGUAAACAUUAUAAACCUAAUUACAAUAAAAGCAUUAUAUUUCAAUACGAACCGACAUUGAUAACAGCGCCAUCUAUCGGCAGCCGUAGGAACUUCUUUGCUGACAACAAACUAAACCGAGCGAGCACAAUGGUUAACUGCGCAGCGGCUUGCGGCAAACCCAUUGCGACGACAGGCAAUGCUAAAUGCGGCUGCGGCCUUACUUACCAUAAAGCAUGAGUGGGCAUGGGCAUAAAUGCUCGGGUACCUGCCACCUGGGCAUGUCCGGCGUGUAAGGCGGCGAAGCGUGACAACUCGGAUAACACGCCGAUAAAGCCCAGCAUCGCCACAGAUGAUGGUGAUGUGCAGCAGUUCGAUGUCGCUGAGGAGCUGCGAUUGCUUCGCGCGGAUUUUGGCUCCGUGCACGAUCAGGUUGCGGGCCUGCGCCGCGAGGUGGAGGAGCUCAACCGGCUUUUCAGUAGUCGUCUGGGCGUCAUCGAGGAGAGGGUCAAGCGAUUGGAGGAGCGGGCGGAGGCGCAGCCAGCAGUCACCGUCGAUAGCGAGUUAGCAGCGACGGUCGCCAGUCUAAAACAGGAACUCUGCGACCGAGAGCGGGACCUUCUCCUUGGUGACGUCGAAAUUACGGGCAUCCCGGAGCAACCCAACGAGUUCACAUCUCAUCUGGUCUGCCUGGUGGCGACGAAGCUUGGUGUGGGUCUCGAUGAGCGGGACAUAGUAUUCGCUGAACGCAUGGGAGCGCGCCGUCAUCAGGCAAACUCAGUUGACGCUCCGAGCCCGCUAGGUGGCGCGGCGGAGGGCGGCGCUGCUGCUAACGUGCGCCCGCGCCCGCUCGUCGUGCGGCUGGCCAGGCGCGGGCCGCGCGCCGAUAUGCUGCGUGCUGCCCGCGUGCGUCGAGGGGCUGACACAUCGGACUUCGGCCUGCCGGGUGCCCCGAGCAGGUUCUAUGUAAACGAGCGUUUAACCAGGCAAAAUAGAACGCUCUUUUAUCUUGAAUUCAUGCUUCAACAUCAACUGAAUGAGGAAUGCCUCAAACUCGAGACGAGCUGCAUUUAA